CUGGACCAAUAUCAAACAAGACUCAAGAGCAUCAAAAUAACACGCUGUUCUCAAUCUAACGUGUUUUUUAUCAGUCGUUAUUAAAUCUAUUAUGGAUCAAGAACGAGAGGAAGGUGAAAUGAGCGAUGACACUGAAAUGUUUGUCGAUAAUCUUGAAAAAUCAAUAGCUGAAUCUAAUGUUGAUUGUACCGUGUUGUACAAAGCAGAGAAGUCUGGCUUGAUAGUGCAGAAACUGGAAAAGAUAGAUGCAGCCAAAAUUGAGGAGAGAGCUAAAAGAUUUGGUCUUAAUUUGACUGGCAGCAGAGUGGUUACCCAAAGGCAAAUUGAUGAACUAUAUGCCAACUGUGGAAUUGAAAGUGGCAAUGAAAGGCAUUUCCGUUUUGAUACUAUCCAUUUGAGUGGAGUAAAUGGAUUGAGUACAAAGGAUGUAUUUGAAUAUUUAGAAGAUUUUAAGCCAGUGUCCUUAGAGAAGUUGGAUGAAAAUUCAUGUAAUGUUGUAUGCCAGGAUCAUAUAUCAGCAGCAUUAGCAAUAUUAGUCCAUUCUAGAGAAAUUAAAAAUGAAGAAAUAAAAGAUAUGCUUGCUAAAAAAUCACCUCACCAUUGGAGGGAAGGAGUUCCACAUCCAAAGCAAGACUUCAUUUUAAUUAGAUUUGCAACAAAUGGUGAUAAAAAAGUAACAAAACAAAAACCUGAAAUCAAGCAGUCUGAUAUUUACUGUGAUCAAACUAUGGAUUCUGUUUGUAAAAAUCCCUGGGGUGACCUCUGUAAAUCUUGGGGUGUAUAUGACCACCAAGAAAUUUUCCACAGAAAAUUGCCACCUAAGCAUGCUUAUGAAGAUGAUUCGGAAGAACAUAGUGAAAGUAUUCAAAUAAAGAAUAGGCAGCUCGCUAUGCGACUUGGGAAACGAACACACAAUGUUGAAGAAUGUGAAAAUAGUGAUUCAGAUUCAGAAUGGAAGAGUAAAUCUAAAACACCCAGAAUGAGAAUGCAUGCUGACGACGAAGAAUCCAAAAUAAAAAAAAAACAACAUGUACAACUCUCUAGAGAAGCAUCAGAAGACAGGGAGACGUUUGCUCCUCUGUCUAUUGAAGUGAUAAAUUGUCGUAGUAAUUAUGUGCCUCGGGAAUCAACAAUUUUAUCAGAUAAAUUUAGGAACCAAGUAGCAAGUAAGAGACAGAUGCAAAAAGAAAGUGUACAAUCUAGGCUAGGGAUUAAAGUCCCAGUUGCAGAUGAUAACUACAGUGAAGAUUCUUCAUCAGACAGUGUUGAUCAUAAUAUUAUGAGCAGAGUACAAAAAGUAACUAGUAAAACAAGAAGUGAAAGUGUGUGGUCAAGAUUAGAAACUAAGCAGAAUAGUGGCGGUGCGAGGAGUGAUUUGAGACAGAUUUUGAAGUCAAAGAAGCACAAGUCCUCAGAUGACUUAAGAGGCAGACUUGCCAAAUCAAAACACUCGAACCUCAGAAUCGAGAUAGAUAAUACUUACGCUUCUUAAUAGUAUUUUAUUUACUUUUUACUUAGAUAGUAUAAUUAUAUUUAGUUAAGUAUAGAGAUCUAUAAUAGCUUAAGUUUCAUCUCAAAAGUUGUUGCUUUAGUUAUAAAUACAAACAUUUUUGACAAUAAAUAAGCAACUUACUAAGCAUAUUAAGUUUGUGAGAGAGUUUGUAGCUAUAAUUAUUUUAUAUUCAGGAAUAACAUCUUUUUUUUUACUUUAUCUUUUACAAACGUAUCUAUCUCAUUAUUAUGUUGGCUUUUGGUAUUACAAUUUUUGUUGGUUUACAUUUUGUGGAAUAAAGUCGAAACAAUAAUAUUGGCCUCACUAGGAUAAUAAGUAGGUAGGUAUAUUGAUAGAAUAAUUGAAAAUACUACAACAUUUUUAUUGUAUAAUUUUGAAAAUCCUAAAAAAACUACAAAUUACUAAAUAAUAAGAUAAUUAAAAACGUGAUAAAUGUAUUAAAUAAAUAGCAUGAAAAUCUAUUUAUUCAUAGUGAUGUUUUGGCAAUUAUUAUUGUACUUAUUGGGUACAAGUGUGUCUAUAAAAAAUAUUUAAAAAUUAAUAACAAUAAAAUUAGUGCAGGUAAAAUGCAGUUGUUGUUGUAUCAUACAUAAGUUAUUGGUAAAAAUUAUCCGUAAAUAACUUUUCAGAAAACCAAUUUUUGCCGGGUCUUUCGUAAAAUUGCGAAAACUCAUCCCAUGAAAGAAAAACCAAAUUAAAAUGGGUUGUAAAUAUGUGUGAUAAUGUGAUAUAGAGCACUUUAUUUCACUGCACAAUUAAUACUAUCAAUAGUCAGUUCACACCGAGACAAGACGCGAUAUACACACACAUUCACCCAAAAUUUAACUUAUUUUUUUUCAUAAAGCAAAUAGCUUUAUGAAAAAAAAAUGUGUCGUAUUUCAUAUUUUUGUGUUUAAAAAGUUGUGUUCAAGUUAAUGAGAUAAAUCAUAAGUCGAGAUGAAGUACGGAAUAAAACGACAGUCGACGACUAUCAAGUCAUAGUAUGUUUAAUAUAAAUUUGUGCUGGUUUGUGUUAAGUGCACUUAAUUAGUACAUAUAUAAUCAUAUUUUAUAAAUAAUCAUCAGUAAAUCGACUUUUGGAAAAAAAAACUAUGUUUAACAUUUAUUCAUUAGUACAUAAUACAAAAACGUGUAAGUAAAAUUAAAUUCGAAAGACGAGAGUAUUAUUGUUUUUCUAAAAUAUAAGUAUAUUUAAAUCGAUAAGUACCUAUAUAUUUUACAAUUGAUUUAUUAUAAUGGCCGACGAUCUUAUAAUUUACUGAAAAUGUCUGUUACCUAUAUAGGUAACAUUUUUUUAUUAAGACUCCAAAUAAAAUAAUAUUUAACCACU